AUGGAGAAGAAUGCAAAGGCUAAGAAAAUCCUUAUCUGUGAACUUGGUCUUGAUGAGUACAAUAUAAUUUCUUUGUGCUCCAAUGCAAAGCAGAUAUGGGAUGCACUCCAAACUGCUCAUGAAGGAAUAAACCAAGAGUCUGAGCCCAUCCAAGAUAUGAUGACUAGGUUUACUAUAAUAACCAAUGAACUGAAAUCACUUGGAAAGGUGUUUAACUCAGAAGAGUUGGUUAGCAAAGUUCUAAGAAUCCUUCCAGCUUCAUGGGAAUCAAAAGUCAUUGCAAUCGAGGAAGCCAAGAAAUUGGACAAAUCUCACUUGAUGAGUUGGUUGGAAACAUAA